AUGACCGGAAAUACCUGUGCUGUCUCACAUCAAUUGCCGCUGACUGUCUGUCCACUGCCGGAAAGGUACACCGACUGUACGGCCGAUGAGUACAAGACUAUGAGCCAUAUCAUGGAUGAGGUCAUAGCCGUGUCCGACACCCAUUUCUGUAAGGCCUACCCAUAUGUUCACGGAUUACAAACUUGCAACAAAUAA